AUGGUUCAAAACCAUUUGUCUUUGCUUUUUGAUGCUACAAUAUCAGGGAAUGUUGAGUUUCUAAUUAUACUUGUACGAUCAUAUCUUGAUCUCAUAUGGACUUUAGACCAGAAAAAAAGAAGUAUAUUUAACUUUGCUAUUAUAUAUCGGCCCGAGAGUGUAUUCAGUCUAAUAUAUGAGCUAGGUGCCGUCAAAGGUAUCAUCGCCCUCUAUACUGACAAUCACCAUAACAAUAUGCUGCACUUAGCUGCAAAAAUAGCUCCUCCAAACCGACUAAAUAUCAUAUCAAGGGCAGCACUUAAAUUGCAACAAGAGUUAUUGUGGUUUAAGGAGAUAGAAAAGAUUGUUCAGCGUUCAUACAGAAAGAAGAAGAAUAUAGAUGAAAACAACACAACUUUAGAUACACCAUGGGAAUUAUUUACGAAGACACAUCAGAAUUUGCACAAAGAAGGUGAAAUGUGGAUGAAGGACACUGCAAAAUAUGGCAUGCUUAUGGCAGCACUGAUUGCCACUGUAGUUUUCACUACAGCCUUCACUCUACCAGGUGGUGAUGAUCAAGAUCUAGUCACUCCAAUUUUAUUAAGUGGCAAAUGGUUUAUAGCGUUCUUCAUAUCAGUGCAAUUGCAUUGGUCUCCUCAUCGACAUCGAUAUUAA